UGUAAGCUGAAGCAGUCAGAUCGGGGAGGCACUGAGACGGAGCGAGUCAGAGCUGUGCUCUUUGAGUGUAAGCCCGCAACAGCACCACGAUCAGAGACAAGUUCUGCAAACUGAAAUAUUUGACGGAAGAAUACAAAACGAAAGGAAAAUGGUUUUAAACAAAUCAAAAGUUAUUUAAACUCAAAUUCCAGACAAAUCCAAAUAGACUUCACUUUUUCUCCAAGCAAAUAUACCAAGAAACUGUUGGUUUGUUUGGAAACUGACCGGGGUUGCAGAAAACAAAGCAAUAAAACACAAUUGCUGUAAACACGGGGUAUUUGAAUAUAAGGGAAAGAUACCGGAUCUUGACUGGACUGUGAAAAGUGCGCUGCGUUCUUUGCCCUGUUAAUUGACCUUAUAAAGCGAACUUACAACUUAAACCUUAACAACAUUUUAAAAUACAGCCCGUUCGCAAUGAACAACACCAUGAAUACCUCAAACAGCGUGAACUACACCGCAACGAGCUGGAAACCGGAGUCGGUGAUAAUCCCUUUGGUGUUCUCGCUCAUAUUUUUGGUCGGGACGAUCGGCAACAGCCUGGUCCUGGCGGUGCUGUUCCGAAGCGGCCAGAUGAAUAAUAACACCACCAACUUGUUCAUCCUAAACCUCGGGGUUGCCGACCUCUGCUUCAUCAUUUUCUGUGUCCCGUUCCAAGCCACCAUCUACACCAUGGACGAGUGGGUGUUCGGUCCAUUCGUCUGCAAGGCGGUCCACUUCUUCAUUUAUCUGACCAUGUACGCCAGCAUCUUCACUCUGGCAACGGUCUCUCUAGACAGGUACCUGGCGAUCCGUUAUCCCCUUCGCUCGAGGGAACUCCGUACUCCCAAAAAUGCGCUGACCUCCAUCUGCUUCAUCUGGGGUCUGUCCAUUAUCUUCUCUGGCCCCUACCUUACCUACUACAAGCAGAUCGACAUGAACGGGACGAUCGCCUGCAUUCCGGUCUGGAGAGUCCCACGGCGCAAGAUCAUGGACAUCUGCACAUUCGUCUUUGGGUACCUGAUCCCCGUCCUCAUCCUCAGCCUGACGUACGCCCGGACCAUCCGCUACCUGUGGACGGCCGUCGACCCCCUAGAAGACAUGUCUGAGUCCAAGAGGGCCAAGCGCAAGGUCACCAAGAUGAUCAUCAUCGUGACCGUGCUCUUCUGCCUGUGCUGGCUGCCCCACCACCUGGUCAUCCUCUGCCUUUGGUAUGGCUACUUCCCUCUCAAUCAGGCCACCUACGCCUUUCGCAUCCUCUCCCACCUGGUCUCCUACGCCAACUCCUGCUUGAACCCCAUCGUCUACGCGCUGGUGUCCAAGCACUUUCGCAAGGGCUUCAAGAAGGUUUUCAGCUGCAUCUUGCGCAAGAAGGUCACUAAUAAAGUUCAUGUGGUCCAGGUGGCCCACACGGUCAGCACGGUAGAAGCUGUCUCCACAGAGGUGUCCCACAUCAACGAGCCCCAGCCCAGCAGCUCCAGCUGCACCCAGAGCAAUGGGAGGCAGUGGGGUGCAGGGGAACAAACCAGCCACCACGACAAAUCCCCAAACACCUUCAUCACCUUCAAUGUGACGUAGGCUACCCUGUUCUGACUCCCUGCACUGAGGAGCUUGCCUUUACGGGAUGCAGAGAGAAGUGGCUGAACAGGACAUUGUUCUGAUCUGGUUUCAUUGUUGUAGUUUUACCAGCGAAUGUAUUCAGACUAGCCGAGAUGCCUAAUGUCCUUUCAAGUAGAAAUGUAGUCUAGACAAAUAAUUAAAAAAAAAAAAAAAAAAACAUCUUGUAAUAAUGUGAUUUCUCUCAUAGCCUAUAUAUUGUAAACACUUAAAAAAUAAAUAGCUUAAGAAUGAAUUUCUUCACUAAUUGCCUUUUAAAGGGAAGUUCAAUGUAACUGUAUGCAGUAUUUACAAUAUUUAGUCAGCAGGUGGUGCCAAGCAUUAGGUAACCAUGAACAUUUAAAGGGGGCACCAUUUUAGCCUCACAGCAUUCUUCAUACUUUGCUACAGUGUGUGGUUUCAAAAGUGGUGUUAUGUAAACAUGAUGUAGGUAUGCUAACAUGGUGUGUGUGUGUGUGUGUGUGUGUGUGUGUGUGUGUGUGUGUGUGUGUGUGUGUGUGUGUGUGUGUGUCUAUAUAUAUAUAUA